AAUAUAUACCAUAUCGUAUAUAUAUAUAUAUCGUAUAUAUAAAUAUAUAUAUAUAUAUAUAUAUAUAUAUAUAUAUAUACUUAUAGAUAUAAAAAGAAAAAGAGAGAGAGAGAGAGAGAGAGACGAGUGUACCAUGCAUUUAUACUCUCGACGUUGUUAGUGCACAGCGAGGGGUUGAAAGUCGUGCCCGUCGAGAGGAAAGGUCGCUCGACGAGACUCCACGAAAAGGGGUUGACAGUCGUGUGAGAGACAAGUGAAAGCUCACUUGCUACUGCGUGAGAAAGAGAGAAAGAGAGAGAGAGAGAGAGAAAGAGAGGGAGAGAGAGAGAGGGGGAGGGAGGGAGGGAGGGAGAAAGAGGACCUGAAAGUCCUGUAAGUGUUUAAGGAAGAAACGUGAAAGAUCAUUACCAAUAGUUUUCUCAGGGGAUAGGAUAAAGCGUGAUAUUGAAAGGAGCGCUCUAACGUUGCUCCCAGGAUUAAUGAAAGAAAAGAGAAGGGUUGCGUCUCUCACGGGCACUCGCAUUCUCAGACUCGUCUCUUUCGAGUCGUCUCGAUUGCUUUGAUGUUGAGUGGAGACGAGGGGGUCAACAGAAGGCUCCUUUUAAAUUCUACGAUUCGGCAAGGAUAGAAAUGAAAAGUCGAUCCACGUUAAUUUAUCCUCCUCGUCGCCGAUUCAAAGUUCGUCCAGUUUGAAUUCUCCUUUGAAUUUCCAUUGGUAUAUAUAUAUAUAUAUAUAUAUAUAUAUAUAUAUAUAUAUAUAUAUAUCCAUAAAAGGAAAACGUUUUUAAAAGUUCGAGAUCCUUUUUUGAAAUUUUUUUUUUAUAUAUCGUGAGCUUUGAAAGAAUAUAAAAGAGAGAGAGAGAGAGAGAGAGAGAGAGAGAAAAGUUGAGGACAAGAAUAGCGACGAUGGAUAGCAAGAGCGACGAGGAAUCGGCACCAACUUCGACCGAAUUGGACGCAAUGAAACGUAGAAACAGAUCCAGAUCUGUCUGCGUACCUUUAUUAUCAUCAUCUCAACUAAGACAUCUUCAUCGGAGGGCCAGUCAUCACGCAUCCACGACCGAUGCGAUAUCGAGGAGAGGUGUCCUGUCGAGACGAUGCUAUGGAAGCGUCGAGAUGUUGCCACAAAUCGAACAGGACGGCUCCGACAAUGGGAGAAGAUUUCGAGUGGAGAACGGAGAUUCUCCUGGCGAAAAAGAGGAAAUGUUCGGAUCUCCGAAUAUACCGAUAUUGGAAAAUCCCGAGUACCAAACACGUUGGUACUUUAAAUACUUUCUAGGAAAGCUGCAUCAAAAUUACGUGGCAUCGGAUCAUGAAAGGAAUCCACUCUUUCUCUCAGUGGUGAUGAGCGAGGGUGGCGAUCAAUGCGUAUCGCAUUACAGAGUUAUUUUAUGGAGACGAACGGGCGCUCAAAAGAUAUCUCUGCCAUUUUCGGCAAACAAGACGAUGACCAUCAGGCAAAUCCUGAGACGCUCGAUUUGCAUUUUCUCCAGCAACUUCUUCGGCCUGGAAAAACUCGACAAGGCACCACGCGAAGUUUUGUCCCCUGAGAUACAAAAGGAUUUACUAUUACUGGAAGAACAAGAAGGAUCCGUCAACUUCAAGUUCGGUGUUAUAUACGCGAAGGAGGGUCAGACAACCGACGACGAGAUGUUAUCGAACGAAAGUGGCAGCCCCGGUUUCGAGAAGUUCCUCGAUAUUCUCGGUGAGAAGAUACGACUCAGAGGUUGGGACAAGUACCGAGGCGGCCUGGAUGUUAAAGGUGACAUGACCGGAAGAGAAAGCGUUUAUACGAUAUAUGCUGGUCACGAAGUGAUGUACCACGUCAGCACAAUGCUUCCUUAUUCGAAGGACAAUCCGCAGCAACUCGAGAGAAAAAGGCAUAUUGGUAAUGAUAUCGUCAACAUCAUUUAUACGGAUGAUCCAGCAGCCGUGGAUAGUUUCAAUCCUAAUUGCAUAAGGAGUCAAUUCACUCACGUAUUUGCUAUGGUAUCAGCGUUAGGACUCCUUAAAGGUUGGCGAGUUGCCAUUUAUUGCGACGAAACGGUUCCUCUUUUUGGUCCAAGUCUUCCGUGUCCACCAAUAUUCGACGAUCCUUAUCACUUGCGAGAAUUUCUUCUAGUCAAACUUAUCAAUGGCGAGAAAGCAACUUUUAAUACGCCAACCUUUUCUAGAAAAAGAGAAAGAACUCUGGAUGCUCUAUUGCGUGAUAUGUAUCAGGAACAUGCGCAAGAUGGCAAGAGCAACGUGAGUCUUCAGCGUGAUCUUCUGUUAAACAGCAUGUUGAAUCGUCGUGCAUUUUCUGACGUUGUUGAAGCACCUGGUCGACGACGAGAAGAAACUCGAUCUGUAGAAAUGGUUCGCGUUGGUCAGGCUGUUAAAUUAGAAGCGAUAGUUCGCGGUCUGGCACCAACUUCUCUAGCCACAGUUGGCCCGUUGAAACCAAGACCUUGGGAACCGAGAUGUAUUUAUCCAGAUUUCCCUCACGUCGUAAUUUGCGGUGACGUUUGGUCGGAGAAUAGGAUGAUACUUGCGACGGAAAAUGGAACUUUUCUGGUCGAAGAGGGUCUAUCUCACAGAAUGAUUUUCGAUGAGUCAGUUCAAAUCAAACAACUCGACGUGGUAGAGCAACACGGUAUUCUUCUCUUUCGCGGAAUCGAUAAAGGCAAAGAAAGCGUAUACGUUUUUCGUUUGCGUGAAUUCGAUUACGAUUCGGCUUUGAGUGGAAAAACAUACAAAUUCCCGGAAUUCUUUAACAAUCGUGACGAUGAAGACGAAGGAGACGAGCACGACGAAGAAACGGAAGAGAACGGUGAGAACGAGGAUGAUUAUAAGGAUGGCGAGAUCGAGGAAGAAGAUUCCGAGACGAUUUAUCGAGAAAAUUUUAAAUUCAAAUCAUCUUUACGUUCUCGAACACGGACACACCUUCGACCACCCGCGGUUAGAAGUCGAGCGCAUAUUAAGGAUAGAAAAUUGGCUCGUACUCGUGGUUGCCAUCUCUACAGUAUCACCAGGCAAGGUGGCUCGCACUUGCGAAUGUGUGCGGCCGUUGGACGACGUUUGACGGUCCUCCAAUGGAAACAUAAUGCAGCUUGGACAGCUUGGUGCUCUUCCGCAGACACCGACACGAUCGAAGGUUUCUUAUUGCUCAAAGAAUUUACUGCUAGCGAAAGCCCAAUCCUUAUUACGAUGAUAGAGAGCACCGAGAUCGGGAACGAAUGGAUGCUGUGUUGCGGUGCACGCCAUCAUUAUGAACUCUUCACGGCGUCCGGAAGUUCACGAAUAGUUCACGUCGAAACGAACAAACCGCACAUAGUCGCAGCGAUCGAUCUGCGCGAGGACGAGGAACCAGAACUAUUGCUCUGUUAUAACAAUAUGUGUCACUUUCAAAAGUGCUCGGAAGAAAGUACUGCUCCUACGGACUUUGAUUUCAAAUGGAAUUCAGUGCCAAUUGCGAUAGCUUGCGCUUUUCCUUACGUGAUAGCGUUCACCGCUGACACAAUGGAAAUUCGUUUGAUAAUAAAUGGAAAUCUUGUACAUACAAUCGCCAUGCCGAAUCUUUGUUUGAUAACUUCGAAAAGAGAUAUAUUUUUUGCCACAACCGCACCGGAGUUUCUAUCUGGUAAAUGCGAACGUAUUCGUCUUGAUUCGAAACCUACUGACAAAGAGGAACAAGCAAGUAGUCCACCACCAACAACGCAAUCUUCCUCCUCCUCUCGAUCAAACUCACAAAAUAAUCAUAGCGAUUGGAAACCAAUAAGAAUCUAUAGAAUACCAUUACAAACUCUCUCGCGAAAUAUAACGUCAAAUUGUAGCCAAAGAUGUCCGAGUCCAGUGGAACCAGAAAUUGUUUCUGCCUCGUUGACGAGCGGGGAAAAUAAUUUUUUGAGCGUGGAUUCACCAAGAAUCUUAAGCAGAUCUUGCAAUAGCAGCCCGACACCACCAAGUGUCGCUGAAGAUCUGAUUCCUACUGUGUGUAGAAAAUAGAAAAAAAAAUGAGAGAGAGAGAGAGAGAGAGCGAGAGAGAAUGAGAGAAAGAGAGAAUGAGAGAAAAAUGGAGACAAAGAGACACGUUAACUUUCUCCUAAACUAAUUCAUAAUUGUGUUGCCAUUUUUUAUUGGAUUCGUACUCCAUAGUGCGGAUGGAUAGUAGGUACCUGACGUUCGUGCCUCUACAGGAUUAAGAUUUAACACAAGCAAACGCACGAUCCUGUCGUUGCUAUGCUUCGCGAUAUAAAGGCAUUUAGUACGUGUAUGAUCGAUCGUUACUCACGAUCUCUAUUUUCCUCCCCCUUUUUUUUUUUUUUUGUUUUUCUGUCGUCGAAAUUUUUGGAUCGAUCUAAAUUUAUAGAAGAAAAAUAUUCGGCCUAGAAAUUUCUAUGUCAAUGCUCGAUCGAUAAAUCAAGAUUUCAAGUGUCAUCUAGCGGUGAUUCUCUCGUACUAACUUUGCGAAUAAUUCUCUGACGAUACGAUAGACGACAUCGAUCAAAACGAGUACGAAAAUGAAUGAGAAUUUCUAAUUUGGGGCAUCGAUAUUUUUGACGUACGAUCUAUCUGACGUGUACUCGAUGUCUUUCUUGCCUCCUUGAUACGUAUUCUACAUAGAUAGAUGCAUACCUUAUCUACUAUAUGACAGACAUACAGGAGGAAAGGUCGAUAACAUUGUGGCUCAUCGUAGAGGUUAGGGGUGAGCAAAUGCCAAGAACCGAGGAGUAUGAAAUACGCAAAGGAAUGGUCGUUUUGCCGUAUCUUCCGAGAGCAUAAUAGCUUAUCUAAUAUUGAUUAACAAUAAAUUGUUUUUAAAUUCUCAACGAGAGACGAUACCAAAGCACAAUCUCGAUUUUUUGAUAAUACGCGGAAAUGGAUAUUGCAUAUGAAGGAUCUUUUUUUUUUCUCGAUAUCUUCUUUUUUUUUUGUAUUUACAAGUAUGCAUGCUUCUUCUUAUGAUCGCGUAUAUAAGUUACGAAGGAAGAUUUGCGAGCGUGUUCACUCUCCUAAUCGUUUCGAUCGAACCGAUGACACUGUACGCAGCAGCGAGCAUGGUCGCGACAAUGGCGUAGAAUUAAAAAUGAUUUUGUCGAAGUACUCUUUUGUUUCUUCUUCUUCUUCUUCUUCUUUUCUUUUCUUUUCUUUUUUUGUUUUGUUUUUCGUUUUUAUUUUUUUUAAUUCUUUCUUUUGUUCUUCCGUUGUUGAAUAUUGUCGAGCCGAUGGCAAUUUUGUUUGCGAGCCAUUGUUGCAGUAGGUAGAUGAACGAGACGAAUACACGAGGUGUACGGUCAUGAUUAUCGAUUAUUCACGGUAUAACCAGCUUGUUCUGGGGGCUGUGACGCAUUCGCGAUCGAAUUUCACCGAUCGUAGCACAACGCCGCUACAUGCGUGAAGUUCUGCAGACGAUGUAAUUCUGCAUACUCUUCCUUCCUUCCUUCCUUCCUUCGACGAGAAAGAGAGAGCGAGAGAGAGAGAGAGAGAGAGAGAGAGGCAGAAUUUAACGUGUGUGUGUGUAUGUGUGUGUGUGUAUAUACGAAAGCAUGAAAUAAAGUGUACCUUAUCGUUGCAAUGUUUGCACCAAAAACUUA